UUUUUGAAAAAAAAUAGUUCUUCUUUGUCUCAGGCUCAGCUCUGCCCAUCCAUUUUUAAACAGAGCCUUGCUAUUGUUCAUCUCUCUUUUUCCUCUCUCCUGUCAUAGCUUUGUUUUCCCUUCAAUUCUCUCUCUGACUUUUUAUUUACUCUUUAUAGAUCCAUCGUCUCGGUUGUAGGGUUUUAAUAUCACCACUCUCUUCAAUCGUCUUCUCCGAUCCGAUUCUCCUUUUUCACAUACCUAUCGUUCACGUAUUCCGUCUGCACAGGAAUCGUUCAAUACGGUGUCGUUAAUAGUUCGUUCUUGUCGGGAAUUUUCCAAUCCACUAGCCACUUGCAUUUCGUUUCGUUGACUUUGAAUCUCGGCGUUCUGAGGAUUAAGCCGGAGUGUGAGAAAUUAAUUUUAGGAAUUAGGUGCCCCAUUUUUUUUUUUUUUAAUUUGGGGGAUUAGGUGUAGAAAUGUUGGGGGCUGGAUUGCAGUUGACUACGCGAGGUCGCGGGGAGGAUCGGUUUUACCAGCCGGCGAAGGCUCGCAAGGCACACUAUAAUCAAUAUAAUGAUCAACUGCGCAGAGCUCAGAGCGAUGUCACCGCGAGUCAAUCGCCUUUUGUCAAGGAAAAAGUGGAAAAACUGGCGGAUAGGGAACCUGAAAACCGGACUGCUUUGGAGGAUUCUCCCAAACCUGUUUCAGUGCCGGCUGUUGAACCUGUGGUUUCUCCAUUGAGUAAUUUGGAGCGGUUUUUGGAGUCUAUUACGCCAUCUUUGCCGGCCCAGCACUUGUCUAAGACCACAAUGAGGAACUGGAGGACUUGUGAUUUGGAAUUUCAGCCGUACUUUGUACUCGGGGAUUUGUGGGAGUCUUUUAAGGAGUGGAGUGCGUAUGGUGCGGGAGUGCCUGUAAUUUUGAACGACAGUGAUUCUGUUGUUCAGUACUAUGUACCAUAUCUGUCCGGCAUUCAAAUAUAUGGAGAGUCUAUAAAGCCAUGCAUGAAGUCGAGGAGACUGGUUGAGGACAGUGAUAGUGAUUUCAGGGAUUCGAGUAGUGAUGGUAGCAGUGAUUAUGAACCUGAAAGAGGAAUAAAGGGCUCUAGAGAACAAUGGGAUCAUCUCCAUUUAACAAAUGUUCCUCUGAGAGUGGAUAGAUUGUCUUUGAGAGAUCAACAUACUGCCCACCAGGAGGAUUUUUCUAGUGAUGAAGGUGAAUCUAUGGAUUCCCAAGGUUGCUUGCUAUUUGAGUAUCUUGAACGAGAUCCCCCUUACAGCCGGGAACCAUUAGCUGAUAAGUUAUCGGAUCUUGCCUUGCGUUUCCCUGGGUUGAAGACACUAAGAAGUUGUGAUUUACUGGCAUCAAGCUGGAUUUCUGUGGCCUGGUAUCCAAUUUACAGGAUACCAACGGGACCAACAUUGAAAGACCUGGAUGCUUGCUUUCUCACAUACCAUUUUCUUCAUACACCAAUGGCAGGUUCACAAGCUGCUCCUGCCCCAGUGGUGACAUAUCCCAGUGAGAUGGAUGGUGUGCCUAAGAUGUGCUUGCCUGUUUUUGGUCUUGCAUCGUACAAGUUCAAGGGGUCCUUGUGGACUCCUAAUGGGGGAUAUGAGCGCCAAUUAGCAAACUCUCUCUUUCAGGCUGCUGACAAUUGGUUGAGACUGCUGCAAGUCAAUCAUCCAGAUUUUGUGUUUUUCUGCCGUAGGUGAUAGGUCUACCUCACUCCUCCUACCAUUCUUGAAGCUACAAGUCCAAUUGGUACAUGCUUGACUCGUGUGAGUUAAAAUCCCUUAAUUUAUGGAGAUCUAGAUGACAAGUUGAGUCAGCAGCAACAUUCUUGAUUUAUGUCCUUUAUAAUAAUUUAUACUGGAGAAAUGAGGAAAAAGAAAAAAAGAAAGUAAAUUUGGGAAGGCUCAGGAAUGGAUGGUAGUGCAAUAAGGGUCGGGGAGAAAAAAGAGUAGUUGGUAUUUAGUGUUAGGAUAAGCACUUGAAAGGGUGAACUGAUCCAAGGUGAAAAAGUGGUUUGGCCUACUGUCAGUGAAAGCUAGUUUUUAUCUUGCUCCUUGUUAAAGGUAUUUAUAUGAUGGGUAUGUCAUGAUAAACCAGGCACUUUUUUCUGUCCUGCUGAUGCACGUAAUAUUUUCUUUUUAACAUCUAAAAGGGGAUUUUGAUAGGAAGGUUGUAUUGUCAAGUUUGAGCCUAAAUAUGUAUUUUAAGACUAACUGUUGUGUUAUUUGAGAGUGAUGUGUUAAAAAUGGUUAUAUUAUUAAAAGAAAUUAUUUGAUUAGGCCUUUUAGGUGAAAGGCAGUUUCUAGUUUA